UUGAAGUCUGGUUACACGUCUGGUUUGUGGUGGAGGUGCUGAAAAGUCUGACGGUGAAGUAGAAACCAGGUCAGGUUGAAGGUUUUGCAGGCGUCUGUGGGACCAAACGGGAGGAUGUGUCCCUGCUGAGCUCAGUGUUUUGAUUCAGAUUCAGUCUGAUACGGCUUCAGUGAACAAGCAAAAAGGAAGUCUCUGUCCUCAGAGGUCACUGGCUGGCAGUUUUCUGGCUAUUCUGAAAGGUGUUUGCGUUCCUUGAAAGGAUUUGUUCAAGGUUACGCUCAAGGUGGGACAUGUGUUGCGCUGAACCGCGGGGUCAACGGUGAGCUGAGCUCGCCCUUGAGUGGGGUGAGUCUCACUCGGCAUUGUCAUUGGUUGUCGGCUGCGUGAUCCUCUUCUGUAGAAGAGGUCAUUGGAGUGCAGCCGGGCAGGGCGAGGUGAUAGAGGAGAGUCACACACCCCUGUCGGAGACAGGAACGUGUUCUCACUGUGAUUAUUUUAAAGCCAACUAACCUGUUUUCAGAUAAGUUGCAACCUUUCUGGAGCGGAAUUUGUCGUUUGGUCCCAGGCUGCCCAAGACAACCUACAUUUUCUGGUGCUCAUCGUCACCCCCUCCUCGGUCCCAUUCGAACAGUAUGGGCCUCCAUCCAGACGCUGUUCUGCAGUCUCUCCUCCUGCUCCCCAUCCAUCUCCUGGUGUGGCUCUACUCUCUGGUCUCCUUCCUGCCAUGGUAUUUCAUCACCGGGGCUGGCGAGAAGACGCUUCUCUCCAAGCGGACAAAAGCGCGAUCCACCACGGGGUGCCGCGACGGGCCUUAUCGGUCCGUCGACCGGUUCCAGUCUCUGGCCAAAGAGGACUUUCCAGGCAAGGACACGCUGGAUAAGCUGUUCGACCACGCUGUGCAGCGCUUCGGACAGUCCCAGUGUCUCGGCACCAGAGAUGUUCUGAGCGAAGAGAAUGAGAUACAACCCACCGGGAAAGUCUUUAAAAAGCUCAUCCUUGGAGACUACCGAUGGCUGACCUACAAUGAAGUGGACGCCGUCGUCCACCAGUUCGGCCGCGGCCUGGCGGCUCUCGGCCAGCAGCCCAAGAGCACCAUCGCCAUCUUCUGCGAGACCCGAGCGGAGUGGAUGAUCACCGCCCAGACCUGCUUCAGGCACAAUUUCCCCUUGGUCACCUUCUACGCCACGCUGGGCGAGGACGCCAUCGCGUACGGACUGAACGAAACCGAAGUCACACAUCUGGUCACCAGUGCGGAGCUGCUGGAAAGCAAACUGAAAAGUGUGCUUCCUCACAUCCCAAAAUUAAAGCACGUGAUCUACGUGGAUCAGAAGAGGGUGGCCACAGACGGCUACCCAGCCGGACUGUCCAUCCACAGCAUGCAGUCUGUGAAGGAGCUGGGCUCGCGGCCUGAAAACAUGGCGUUACAAAUCUCAAAGCCUCAACCUUCUGACCUGGCGGUGGUGAUGUACACCAGUGGGUCGACUGGAAGACCCAAAGGGGUCAUGAUCGUCCACAGCAACCUGAUCGCAGGGAUGACCGGCCAGUGUGAGCGCAUCCCUGGACUCGGGCCGAAGGACACGUACAUCGCAUACCUUCCUCUGGCUCAUGUUCUGGAAAUGACGGCAGAAAUCUCCUGCGUCACGUACGGCUGUCGGAUUGGCUACUCUUCGCCUCAGACUCUGUCAGACCAGUCCACCAAGAUAAAGAAAGGCAGCGAAGGCGAUUGCUCCGUGCUCAAGCCCACCCUGAUGGCUGCUGUUCCUGAAAUUAUGGAUCGUAUCAACAAGAAUGUGAUGAGCAAAGUGCAGGAAAUGAGCUUCAUCCAGAAGACGCUGUUUACGCUGGGCUACCAGUACAAGCUGGAGCAAGUCAAGAAGGGCUACGAUGCGCCGCUGUGCAACGCUCUGCUGUUCAAGAAAGUCAAGAAGCUGCUGGGCGGGCAGGUGAGGAUGAUGCUGUCCGGCGGAGCCCCUCUCUCGUCGGUCACCCAGCGCUUCAUGAACGUCUGCUUCUGCUGCCCGGUGGGUCAAGGGUACGGCCUCACCGAGACCUGCGGGGCCGGCACCAUCACUGAAGUGACCGACUUCAGCACCGGCCGUGUCGGGGCGCCGCUCAUUUGCUGCGAGAUCAGACUGAGAGACUGGGCUGAAGGUGGCUACACCAGCAGAGACAAGCCCCACCCGAGAGGAGAGAUCCUGAUCGGAGGGCCCAACGUCACCAUGGGCUACUACCGACACGAAAACAACGACCGGGACUUCUUUGUCGACGAGCAGGGUCAGAGGUGGUUCUGCACGGGCGACGUCGGAGAGAUCUACCCGGACGGAUGUCUUCAGAUCGUGGACCGCAAGAAAGACUUGGUGAAGCUGCAGGCCGGGGAGUACGUGUCCCUGGGGAAGGUGGAGUCGGCUUUGAAGAGCAGCUCUCUCAUCGAUAACAUCUGCGCGUACGCAAACAGUGAGCAGAACUACGUCAUCAGCUUCGUGGUGCCAAACCAGAAGAAGCUGACCGAGCUGGCCAAACAAAAAGGAAUAGUUGCAGAGUGGGAGGAGCUCUGCACGCACCCGGAGAUGGAGAGUGCUGUUCUGAAGGAGAUCAAGGCCGUCGCCACCAGCAUUAAACUCCAGCGUUUCGAGAUUCCAGUCAAGGUGCAUCUGAGUCCGGAACCGUGGACUCCAGAGACGGGUCUGGUCACAGAUGCCUUCAAGCUGAAGAGAAAAGAACUGAAGAACCACUACCUGGACCACAUUGAGCGAAUGUACGGGGGCAAAUAACCACACAGCAGAUGUUACUGAAGGGUUUGGGAAACUGUAAGAAGAAACGUUGAUGCUGUUCAAAGUCACCAGUAAUUCAACUGUGCUGCUUCACAUUGUGUCAAGUGUAGGAUUACAACACUUAACUGCCACCCACUGGAGGACCACCUGCUGCCGAAUUGAAGAAAUGACCCUCACCGUCCUCCUGUUUGUUAAUAAUUUUGUGAAGUUAUAGAGGAGUAGCAGUCGCGUACAAGGCUUGUUAUAGUGUUUUUUAUCAUAGGAGUUCUCAUGUUACGUGCCUUCAGUCUGCUGUCCCUGUGUCGUCACGCAGAACAAGUGAAAAAACGAUUUGAUACCUGGCUGAAACUGCCGUCUGAAGUUUACACAGAGCUCGUGGAGGAUGCCAAUAAUGGCCGUUGUAUUCUUAUUUAUUGUCGGUUUGUAUUGAAGACCAAAAUGUGUGAAAACAUCCCUCAGGAAGCCUGCCAUGUACAUAACAUGAAAUGUUGCGUUGCCUCUGUCGGAGGCCUCUUAAAAGACUUUGAAUGAGCACCUUAUUUAUUUGAGGAAAUAUGUUGAACUACUAAACAGCUUUCUCAGCGUCUCUCGUCACAAGUCUGUAAGACAGCGCGGCUUUAUUUAACAUGUUUAGUCAACGAGUCGGUAUGAAAUAUAGGACGCUUCGACCAGCGUCUCGUCUUUCAAAUGUUAAGAAUUACACGCUACACUUGGACGUCUGGGAUCUCAUCUGUGUUUUUUCCAUUUUCAGAGAAUAAAAUUCUUUUUAUA